AUGAUUAAACAAUCCACAAUCAGAUUUUUAUUUUUGAUGAUUUACUUUUCUAAUUUUUAGAAUACUUUCAUUGCUUAUUACUACUUGAAUCUUAGUUUAUACUAGGAAGUGAACUAGAUAUUUUUUUAUUUAAUUAUGUCAAUUUUGAAGAUAAUUUGUCCUGCUUUAAGUGGUUUUAUUAUAUAUCACGUUUAAUUUAAUUUAAAUUUUCUAUUCAUAGGAUAAUGGUUAACAAUAGUUUCCUAUAUCUAUUUUAUAGCAAAUAUCUAUUAAGAAGUAGAGGAUUAUCUAUAUUUUGCUAUAGGGUUUUAAAUUCUGGGUCAAUAAUUGUAAAUCAUAAUUAUUUUAACAAUGAUUUCAAAGCAUUUCAAUUAAAAUGAAAUACCUUAGUAACAGAUUUAUUACCAAAUUUUAGGUAAAUUUCAAAAUUUUAUUAAUUUGAAUGUGGUGGUCGAUUAAAUAGUCACUCUUAAUUAGAAUAAACUCAAAUAUGAAAAGAACAUUUAACUAAUAUUAUCUAUGAUUCCAUUUGUAAUACUAUUAUCUUUGGCAAUAUGCAUUCAUAGAUCAUUUCCAAUAUUUAGGUAGGAUAUUUAUGAAAAAAUCCCAGAAUUAUAAUAGAUUCCAAUAUCCAGUAAGAGCAAUAUGUUGUAAGCUAUGAAAGAUGUGUGUAAAACUGAUGUAAUUCUUAUUUCAGCUGCUGCCAGUGCUGUAAUAAGUAUCAUUCAGAUCUGGGAAUAAUUUAAACUGUCUUUAUUCUAUUAUAAAUACAACAAAGAUACUAAUGAAACCACAGAUGUGUGGUUAGUUGUUCUGACUUUUACAAUUUCUGAAUUCCCAAUUAUUUUGUGUAUAAAUAAAGUGAAAUUUAGCUUUAUUGAUUGCCAAUAGACUGGGACAUAAAAUAAAAAAUUAGAUGGAUGCUCUUUAAUAUUUAACUAAUGCUACAUCUAGUUCUUUAAUUUACUUUAUUCUAAGCACACUUUAGCUGAUCUGUUAUAAUAGUUUAAAAGAUCUCAGAUUAUUCAUUUCAAUUCUAACUAUCACAAUGUAAUAAUACAAUCAAACAAUCUUAUCUGUAAAUUUCAAUAUUAUCAUAAAAGAUCUCAAGCACCAUAUUAAUUGGUAUUCAAAAAGCAAAUUAAAGGACUUUGGGAUUAUCAUUUGGAAUUUUAUCAAUGUCUACAAACAUCUUUGAAAUCUGGGUUAUUUGUGUUUUGA